UUUACCGUCGCAGAACCAUCCGUCGUCGAAAACGAAAAGUCCCUUAAAAGUUCAGUGCACGACGUCACGUUGAGAUUACAGUAGUACGGUAGCAGCCGGUCGCUCAAGAAAGACGGAGAUUGUGUGUGAGCGUCGCGCAGAGAGUUGUUGGCUGCAUUGGCCUAAAUACUCUCACUUUGGCUCUAGAAGUCUUAGAAGAAAGUGGUUUCCGGUGGAUUUGAAAAACCCAGCCGAUCUUUGAGUAUGUCGAGCUACUCUCCGAUACCGGGUUUGGGGGCCCCAGUCGCCAGAAUACGGAAUUUUGUCGGCGGUCUACUUCCCCGAGGUAGACUAGAUGAAGAGCAUCUUCAUUUCGCUAAGUGUGAUUCUACGGAGCUGUCUGUACUGGGUCCGGGGGAAGAUGAAGCGGUACUUACGAAGCAAGGAGGGGCAGAGAAGGGUAAAGUACCCGCCGUGAAUGGGGCCGUGGCACCGGGCUGGAACCAGCAGGCAGCGUCUGCUGCUGGACAGAGAGGUGGAUACGGAGAAGGAAGUAAUGUGAACAUUGUCAAGAAACAAAUAUCUACAUGGGAUGCUGGCUGGAAUGUAACUAAUGCUAUACAGGGUAUGUUCCUUGUUGCUCUACCCUAUGCUGUCCUACAUGGUGGAUACUGGGGCCUUCUCGCACUCGUCACAGCUGCUGCAGUCACAUGCUACACUGGAAAGAUUUUAGUAGAGUGCCUCUACGUCACUGAUGACGUCACUGGUUUGCGUGUGCGCGUGCGGGAGUCCUACGUGGACAUUGCUAAGGAAGUAUGGGGAGACCGUUUCGCUGCGCAGAUUGUACACACUGCGCAGUUCAUUGAACUGAUCAUGACGUGUAUAUUGUACUUGGUGCUGUGUGGAGAUCUCCUUAGUAACAGCUUUCCUACAGAUAAGAUGGAUGAAACUGCAUGGACAAUGCUGGCAACUUUCUUAGUGGUACCUUGCGCUUUCCUCCGGGACCUCAAAGCAGUGUCCUGUUUGAGCUUUGGUAACGCCAUUGUGCACCUGGUCGUCAACGCCAUCUUGAUUGGAUUCUGCAUAAGCUGUGCUGCCAGUUGGCAUUGGAGUGACGUCGCAGUCCAUGUCGACAUCCACUACUUCCCGGUUUCCAUGGGGAUCGUCAUCUUCAGCUACACUUCCCACAUCUUCCUACCCAGCCUGGAGGGAAGCAUGAUCGAACGCAACAAGUUCAACAAGAUGCUCUACUGGACCCACGGUCUAGCCGGCUUCUUCAAGGCUCUCUUUGCUUAUCUCUGCUACUUGUCUUUUGGCCCAGGAACCCGCGAUAUAAUCACAGAUAACCUUCCAACUCAAGGCUUCAGGGCGAUCGUCAACGUCGUCUUGGUCAUCAAGGCACUUCUGUCUUACCCCUUACCCUUCUACGCCGCCGUGGAGCUCCUAGAAAGAGCCUUCUUCAGUGGUCGACCCCGCACGGUGUUUCCGUCUUGCUACGCUCUGGACGGGUACCUGAACGUCUGGGCGGUGGCUUUACGUACCCUUGUAGUCGUGUUUAGCAUGCUCCUAGCUAUUGUCAUCCCUCAUUUCAACCUGUUGAUGGGUCUUAUAGGCAGUUUCACCGGCACCAUGCUGUCUUUCGUCUGGCCUUGCUGGUUCCAUUUAAGUAUUAAAUGGCAUGAGAUUCCUUGGUACCAGAAGCUGUUCAAUAUUUGUGUGAUUCUUUCUGGGUUUGCUGUAGGCCUAAUUGGGAUUAUUUAUUCAUUUGAGGCCCUUUUAAAAACAUACAGAACUGAGCUUUAAAUAAUAAUGUGCGGAUCAAUCAACGCAUCGAAAAGGGUACCCAUGCACGGAAGGACCUGUACAAGUAUACGCGCCCGUUGCCUAUGUCAUGGUAGAUCUUACAAUUGGUUUUAAACAUGUUUUUAUUUCGAGUCAACCUUUCAUCCUUCAUCCAAAGAGUGGUGUUCAAAGAUUGCAUAUUAUGACUUUAAAAGUGGGAAAAAGUUGAUAUUAUGUAAAUUAUGUAAACCAAUUUGGAAAGAAUUAAUAUUUUGAUGAAAAUGUUUACUACUUUUGGAUACUUGGAAAUGUUCGAACGGUUUGGACGGUCCCUGAUGCAAAGGCCUUAUUGAAUUUCUCUGAAAAGGUUCACAAAACUUCGACGAAAAAGUAACCCUCUAAAUUUACGAAAUAUCUGUGAAAACCCGAAAAAACACAAAGAUGAAUUGUUCAAAUAGUUCUUAUCCAAUAUUUUUUAAGGUAAAUAAAUAUGCGAAAGGUGACGUGUGAAACCACCGUAAAGUGUUAUGAAAUUUUGAUUAUGGGAUAAUUUGAGGGUCUUUUGACCUGAUGUUAUGUACGAUACUAUAAAGGUGUCAAAGACUUAAGGGCAGUGGACACUAUUGGUAAUUACUCAAAAUAAUUAUUAGCAUAAAACCUUUCUUGGUGACUAGUAAU